GAGAUGCACGGGUGAGAGGUCAGACAGGGGUUCUCUCCGAGCGCCGCGGCUCCUACCCGUUUAUAGACUUCCGUCUUCUUAACAAUACUACAUUCUCAGGGGAAAUCGGCACCAAGAAAAAAGUGAAAAGACUGUUAAGUUUCCAGAGGUAUUUCCAUGCAUCCCGGUUACUGCGUGGAAUUGUACCACAAACCUCUCUGUAUUUACUGGAUGAGGACUACCUUGGGCAAGCAAGGCAUAUGCUAUCCAAAGUGGGAAUGUGGGAUUUUGACAUUUUCUUGUUUGACCGCUUGACAAAUGGAAACAGUCUUGUAACACUGCUUUGUCACCUCUUCAAUGUACAUGGACUUAUUCACCAUUUCCAGUUAGAUAUGGUUACAUUACACAGGUUUUUAGUUAUGGUUCAAGAAGAUUACCAUAGCCAGAACCCGUACCACAAUGCUGUCCAUGCUGCUGAUGUCACACAAGCUAUGCACUGCUAUCUGAGGGAGCCCAAGCUUGCCAACUUCCUCACCCCAUCGGACAUCAUGCUUGGACUGCUAGCUGCUGCAGCUCAUGACGUGGAUCAUCCAGGCGUCAACCAGCCCUUUCUGAUCAAAACUAAACACCACCUUGCCAGCCUAUACCAGUUGGAUGCAAGAGAGUUCUUGGAGACCUACACACUCAGUUCUGUUCUGGCUGGCCUUCAGCAUGGCCAAAGACCAACUGCAUCCAUGGACUGUAAUUCUCCAGUUGAG